AUGUGCUUUGUGAGAGACGUGUGUGGAUGCAUUCACCAGCGAAGGAUCGUUGCAGACAACGUCCUGGCAUUGCAAGUGUCUGGCGGCAAGCUUGAGUUGAGAAAGUGUGACAGCAGCACAGGCACGUGGGAAGUGAACGCAGAUGUGCAUGGCUGUGGUGGCUCUACUGUCCAUGUCUUGGGCUGUGAUGAAGCGGAUGAAGCAGCACACCUUGGUGCAAACUUUUCCUUGACGUGGCGGUUCCUGCCUAAGACCUACAAGCUGUUGUUGCUCUGCGUAGCUUGGGUGAACUCUUGCGCGCCAGCGUGGCCAGGCAAGGCAAACUUGUGA